AUGUGGUGGUUGAAGCGUGGGUGUUUUUUAAACGAAGCGGGGUGUUUUAGGGUGAAAUUGGAGCGAUUUGCGCAAGUUUGCAGUGGGUCGUGGAAGGCCGGGUUGGGGGAUGCAUAUGUUCCCCACGUGGUAGACAAUGAAGAGGUUGAUUGCUACAAUUAUUUUGCACCGGAAAUUAAAUCGAAGGAGGUGUUUAGUCUGAUUUUGCCGCCCCCGAACAUCACUGGGACCUUGCAUCUGGGGCACGCUCUGACGACUACCAUCCAGGAUGUGAUAGUCCGAUGGAAACGGAUGGAGGGUGUCGAAUGUGUUUGGGUCCCUGGGAUCGAUCACGCCGGAAUUGCCACCCAAGUGGUCGUGGAGAAGCAGCUCUGGAAGGAAAAGCGGCAGAGCAGGCACGACGUCGGACGGGAAGCGUUCGAGGAGAGGGUCUGGAAGUGGAAGGACGAGAAGGGCCGAGUGAUAGAAAAUCAACUUCGCCGUCUCGGCGCCUCGUUAGACUGGAAUCGCAAGGUCUUCACCAUGGACCCCACCCAAUCCAGAGAAGUAACCAAAGCAUUUAUCGAAUUAUUCGACUCUGGUCUAAUUUACCGUGCCGACCAUCUCGUCAACUGGUCCUGCAGCCUCCAAUCCGCCAUCUCAGACAUCGAGGUGGACCACGUGGAGGUGGACGGCCCCACCCCAAUCCCAGUCCCCAACUACGACCGCCCCAUAGAAUUCGGAACUCUCACUUACUUCGCCUACAAACUCCACAACUCAGAGGAGGAGAUCGUGGUCGCCACCACCCGCCCCGAGACGAUGCUGGGCGACGUCGCCGUGGCCGUGAACCCCCGCGACGACCGCUACGCCCGCUAUAUCGGCCGUUAUUUAUGGCACCCUUUCAGGGCCGAGACGAUCCCGGUUAUCGGCGACGACUCCGUUGAACCGGAUUUCGGGACUGGUGCCGUGAAGAUAACCCCGGCCCACGACCCCUCCGACUUCGCCGUGGCCAAGCGGCACUCUCUGCCCAUCCUGCAGGUGAUCGAUGAAAAGGGCAACAUCGCCCCCGACCACGGGAUCUUCUCCGGGCUGCCACGGUUCGCCGGCCGGGAUGCGGUCGUGGCCAGCCUCCAAGCCGCGCACUUAAUGCGGGAGAAACGCGGCCACAGGAUGGUCGUCCCGGUUUGCAGCAGGUCAAAGGACGUCGUCGAGCACCUGGUCAGGCCUCAGUGGUUCCUCAAGUGCGCGGAAAUGGCCAGGCAGGCCGUCGAGGACGUCAGGGAGGGACGACUGCGGCUCGAGCCGGGCCGCUUCGAGAGGGUCUGGUUCGAUUGGCUGGAGAACGUGAGGGACUGGUGCAUCUCCCGUCAGCUCUGGUGGGGCCACCGCAUCCCCGUUUACUCCUGCCGCCCCCGCGCCUCCGCCGCCCCCCCCGUUUGGAUCGCCGCCGACAGCCCGUCCGCCGCCCUCCGAAAAGCCGCCGCUCGCCUCUCCGCCCCCGACAUCGAAGUGACCCAAGACGCCGACGUCCUCGACACGUGGUUCUCGUCCGCCCUUCUCCCUUUCAGCGCCUGGUCUCCGCAACAGGUCCCUCGAAAUUGCGAAUUCAGCUCGCCGGCCGGGGGUUGUUACCCCCUGGACGUGAUGGUGACGGGGCACGACAUCCUGUUCUUCUGGGUGGCGCGGAUGGCCAUGCUCGGGAGGCGGCUGACGGGGCGGCUGCCCUUCCACCAGGUGCUGCUCCACGGCAUCGUCUGCGACGCGCAGGGCAGGAAGAUGUCGAAAAGUUUGGGGAACGUCGUGACGCCGGAGGACGUCAUCGACGGAUCGACGCUCGAGGACCUCGAGGCGUCUUCCCGUGCCAGCCACUCCUCAGGCAUCCUCUCCCCCGAAGAGCUGACAAGGGCCAUCGCCGGCCAGAAGAGAAUGUUCCCUUCGGGCAUCCCCGCGUGCGGGGCCGACGCGCUCAGGUUCACCCUCUGUUCGCACAACAUCAAAAGUCAUUUCAUCAACUUCGACGUGCAGGAAUGUCACACGAAUAGAUUGUUCUGCAACAAAAUCUGGCAGGCGGUGAAGUACACCAACGGGGUGGUGGGGGAGGUGACCCAGGAGACGCCAGAGUGGGAGAGCUUGGGACCCAUGGACCGCUGGGUGCUGAGCAGACUGACCCACAUGGUACAGAAAACCCGGAGCGGGAUGGAAAGCUACGACUUCCACGUGGCGACGGCAGCCAUAAAGGACUUCAUGUAUUACGAGUUCUGCGAUGUGUAUUUAGAGACGACCAAACGGGCUUUCAAGCUGUCGGAUCGGGAAAGGGCCGCGGGACACGGCUGGACCUUGACGACUUGCCUGGACACGGCCCUGAGGGCCGUGGCGCCCUUCAUGCCCCGGCUGGCCCAGCAUUUGCACGCGCGGCUGACGCGACCUGAGGGGGCGCGAAGGGUGGAUUAUCCCAAAUUGGACAAGGAGGACCGGGAGUGGCGCGACUUUUCUCUGGAGGCGGACGUGGCCGAGGUCCUGGAGCUGGUAGUGGCCGUCCGGAGGCUGAAAAAGGUGUUCGGGGUGGUGGCAAAGCACAGCCCGGAAGUUUUUGUGGUAGACCCUGCAGGAUUCUACUGCCGUUUUAAGGACACAAUCGAGGACCUUUCCGCCCUGCACGCGCUCACUGUGACGCCCGACCCGGCUCGACUCCCCUUCAAGGACACCGUCAAGGACCGUCUCGCCAGCGGCACCCUAAUCCACCUGGUAGUUCCUGCCGAUCUGCGCAGAUCCCUCGAAUUAGAUUUGCCUAAAUUAGAAGCGAAAAAGGCGAAAUUAAUCAAGGAGAUGGAGAAGAUGAACCGGAUGGUGUCCGGGGAUAACUACAAGGUCAAAGCCACGGCGGAGGCGCAGCGCACGCACUCCAAGAAGAUUGCCACCCUCGAGGAGAAGCUGGCGCGGAUAAAUUAUAUCCAGAGCAUUUCCAACCAGUAAUUGUUGCAGUUGUAACUUAAUUCUCCAGUAAUAAAUUACUUUAAUUUGC